AUGGCGAGAAGCACAGCAAGUGGCAGACGACAACGGACAGACGGCGAGCUGUUGGCAUUUUUACUUUUCGAUGUGUCCGGGCAAACUGCGACGCUUAAGGCGGACAAUGCGCUCUUCUUGCAGGCGCUGCGUUGUGGUUGGAAUGAAACAAUAUUCGGAACCCUGGACAAGAAGGGCGGCCUUAAGAUAAGCAAUAAAUGUGGAGUUAGUGACGUUUCCUCCUGCUGCUCUAGCAUGAUGCUCCCGAGAGUUAAUACGUUCCCCGUUGUUGUCAUGACUCCGAAGCAGAUAUUGGAGUCUGAGUUGAAAAUCAUAAACCGCGACCGCUGGGAGUUGGUGCGAAUUGAUCAAACAGCCGAAAACGCUCGCGGCCGCGGCACCUACGUCUUUACUUUCGAGGAAAGCAAAACAGAACAUUCACAAGAGAAGCCAGAGAGCGGUCUGACAGCUGUAGGGCAUUGGAAAAAAAUUCUGAGCCGAGUAUGGGGCCAGUUGCGCAACGGCGACGGUGGUGUUCAGAAAUACAGCAGACAAAAACUCUAA